AUGGUGGAGCCGGUGACGCCCGACUGCGACGAGGAACGCUCGCUCCUGCAAGAGUCGAGCAAUGUUGACGGGUCAUGGCGGUUGAACUUCGACGGUUUCCAGGUAUCCUCUGAGCACAAGGAGAAAAGGCCUCCCCGUGCCCUCCAUGACUGCCUUGGGGUUCUAGGCCCGGAAGAUAAUGUGGCAGAGUACUACCAACAACAGGUAGAAAUGCUUGAGGGCUUUACCGAGAUGGAUGCCUUAGCAGAGCGUGGUUUUAUUCCUGGAAUGUCAAAGGAAGAGCAGGAAAAGUUGGCAAACAGUGAGACAUUUGCCAUCAGAAUAUCAAAUGUUGCAAACAUGGUUCUUUUUGCAGCUAAAGUUUAUGCAUCUCUCAGAAGUGGUUCAUUAGCCAUCAUCGCAUCCACAUUAGACUCAUUGCUCGAUCUUUUGUCUGGCUUCAUCCUGUGGUUUACUGCAUUCUCCAUGCAAACCCCUAACCCAUAUCAGUACCCUAUUGGGAAGAAACGCAUGCAGCCAUUGGGAAUCCUUGUUUUUGCCUCUGUCAUGGCAACCCUGGGACUGCAGAUCAUCCUAGAGUCAAUUCGCACACUAGUUUCUGAUGAGGAUGAGUUCAGCUUGACCAAAGAUCAAGAGCGAUGGGUCGUGGGCAUUAUGCUCUCAGUGACUUUGGUUAAAUUGCUUCUGAUGCUUUAUUGCCGCACUUUCAAGAACGAAAUUGUUAAAGCCUAUGCCCAGGAUCACUUCUUUGAUGUUAUAACUAACAUCAUUGGUCUCGUUGCUGUACUCCUUGCUAAUUAUUUUGAUGAUUGGAUGGACCCUGUUGGAGCUAUCAUUCUGGCCUUGUACACCAUUCGCACCUGGUCCUUGACGGUUUUGGAAAAUGUGAAUUCCCUAGUUGGAAAAUCAGCUGCUCCAGAAUAUCUACAAAAACUGACAUACCUUUGUUGGAACCAUCACAAGGCGGUACGGCAUAUAGAUACUGUGCGGGCUUACACCUUUGGCUCUCACUACUUUGUUGAGGUUGACAUUGUCCUGCCAGCAGACAUGCCCUUGCAAGUGGCGCAUGACAUAGGAGAAACACUGCAGGAGAAGCUCGAGCUCUUGCCCGAAAUCGAGCGUGCCUUUGUUCAUCUAGAUUAUGAGUUCAGUCACAAGCCCGAGCACGCACAGUCACAUUCAUAA